AUGGGCUUUUUCUCUAUUGAAAGAUGCUUCACCUUACUUGAUACUCCUUUUGAAAAUUUGAUAGGAUUUGCCAGUGACAAUGCUAGUAUAAUGAUGGGACAGAAGGGAGGUGUGCAGGCAUUACUGAAGAACAAAGUUCCCUCUCUCUUUAUUCAGGGUUGUGUCUGUCACUCUAUGCAUAUCUGUGCAUCAAAGGCAUGUUCAGAAUUACCUUCACAUUUAGAAGAACUUGCUAGAAGCAUAUAUUCAUUCCUCUCAAAUAGCUCAAAGAGACUUCAAGAAUAUGAAGAAUUUCGGGAAUUUACUCAAACAAAUCCUCAUCAAUUAUUACAUGUAAGUUGUACAAGGUGGCUAUCUUCAAAACAAGUUGUCAAAAGAAUACUAGAACAGUGGCCUGUUCUAGUGUUAUCCUUUACUAUUGCUGCUAUUGAAGAUAACAACAAUGCAGCUUCAAAUGUGCAGAACUCAUUAACAAAUCCAAUCACACAGAUGUAUUAUGCAUUUUUAGCAUAUAUUUUGCCAGAUAUUAUUAAGUUGAACUUAGAUUUCCAAUCCGAAAGCUAUAGAAUGCACAAAUCUAUUACAUGUCCUGUUAAGGGAAUACUUGGCAAUUUUGUUAAAAAAGAAAUUGUGAAAAAUAAAGCGCUACAUGAAAUUAACAUCAAUGAUCCAUCAGUGUAUCUUCCCAUAGCUGAAAUUUACAGAGGAGCAAAAGGUGAAAGCAUCUACAUAAAGAAAGCUUCAUCUAUUAGUACAACUGAAUUGAAACAAUAG